AUGUCGGUGUAUCAGUUCUACCGCACAAGUGUCCAUCAGAACAGAAGUUUUCAGUACACGAUGAUGCACAUGCACUUCUUUUACACACAUGAGUGCACAUGGACCUACCGCAUCGAAGACGUGGCCCCGUUUGAAGAAGCUGAUAGGCAGAAGCAUGUUCAAGUAUUCUUCACAGAGACAGGAGUCCCUCAAGAUGGAAAGGUGCAGGUACGACCUUUGGCAGAUCUCAAGGAGAACUCCACACCCUAUUCUCGGCGGGGUUGGUGUGAAGCUGAAUGCCAGUGGUCGAGCAUGAGAAGCAGAUCUCGACAGACUGUCUCGCUCUCCUUCGUGUCUCCGCAGACGUGGACAAGAGCUCCCAUGGCACCCACGGUCUUUCAAACAAAAGUGGCUAAUCGCGAGCUUCUGUUCACGCACCAAGACAGUGCCGAGGCCGUGAAGGCGUUGCAGGGCCGUGUGUUCAUGGAGAAGGCGGCCGAGUGUGUGACGCUGGAGCUAUCCGUUUUGCCCCUUCGCGAAAUUCCGAUCCUCGCUAGCGCGCUGCCGCUUUACAAGAACCUAAUUGUCUUGCAUGUAAGCAACAGCCAGGUUGACUGUCAUGGUGCGGAGGCCUUAUCCACCACGUUGACGAUGCGAGAGCUACAUCUUAACAACCUUCGCAUCCCUGGGGACGCAGUGCGCAAAUUAGCUUUGGGCUUCAAGGGCAACAGCGCACUGUUGAACGUGACAUUCACUUGGUGCCUGGUGGAUGCGGAAGGUGCAGAGGGUCUGGCAGAAGCACUCGCAUGCAAGGAGACCAGAUUGGAAUCCCUGGAUUUAUCUCACAACGUCCUGAAGUGUAAAGGGGCCAAGCACCUCGCCGAUGCCUUGAUCCACAACUGCGUCUUGCAAAGACUGGACCUGAGCUCCAACAUCAUUGCAGAUGACGGGGCAGCCAGCUUCUCAGGCCUCUUCGAGAACUCUGCCUUGAAGCUAUCGCUCGAUGACAACUGCUUCGGGAAAGAGGCGGUCGCCAUCCUGCAGAGAGGCCGGGAUCAGAUCUUGAGGACACGGGGCGGCAAGGUCGCUUUCAUUAUCAGUUACACUGGCGCUCCUAAGAUUUUUCAGAAGGAGUUUGGUGUCUUUGCAACAAUUGGUUUGCUUCAUUUCUUCACCUUGUUUGGCCAUGUAUAUUUGACCAUAUGGGCCUUCUGCCAGUAUUUCCAGAGAGAAGGGGGGCCGCCGCCUGGAGAUGUCGAGCUUCUAGGCGUGGGGCUCACUGUCCCAAGCACACCGCUAAUAAUUUCAGCGCCAGUUUUGGCAAACUUGCAGUCGUGUGCGGCUGCUUAUUUUGUCUGGGCAAGGGUCUGGGUGUGUUACUCAGCCGUGUGGCUGCCUGCUAUGCAAUUAUACACCCUCCUGGCGAUUGCUCAGGCCCCCAUUCAUGAAGAGAUGAGUUGGGUGUGGUGGUUCCAGAUAGGUGGAGGUCCCACACUCGCGUGGGAAGCUGUUAUCAUGUUCCUGGCCUGGCUCGUUCUGUUUCACCCCACUCAACGUGCCGUAUUUCGGCUUUACAUUCACGAACGUUGGAAGCUUUGA